UCCGCCCCCGUCCGCCUGCCGAGGGCGCCUGCGCCCUGCUCGAAUGGUCGGGCAAAGUAGUGGCGGGAGCCGUUCGGACUUUAAUGGUUGCAGGCCCGCUGAGGCGAGCUGGGCUUCUCCUGCUAUGUCCCGGUUCUUCCAGGCACUUCGCCGCGCUGCCAACGCCCGGGCAAAGGGCCCGGGUGUGGAGGAGGCGGACGUUAACCGGUGGGGUCUGACAGGCAUCACACUUCGUCCCUAUCAACUAGCCGGUGUAAACUGGCUGGUGCAAUGCUAUGAAGUCCAGCAUGGCUGUAUUCUGGGUGAUGAGAUGGGCCUUGGGAAGACUUGUCAGACUAUUUCUCUACUUCUUUAUUUGACAAAAAAAAUAACAAAGAAAGAGAAAUUUUUGAUACUUUGUCCUCUCUCUGUUCUGAGCAACUGGAAAGAGGAACUGGAGAGGAUUGCUCCAGGUCUUUCCUUUGUGACAUACAUAGGCAACAAGGAGGAGCGACCUAAACUGCAGCAGAGCCUGAAAGAGCAGUCUCGCUUCCAAGCGCUUUUGACUACGUAUGAGAUUUGUAUGAAAGAUGCAGCAUUUCUAAACUCCUUUACCUGGGCUGCCUUGGUUGUAGAUGAAGCUCACAGACUGAAAAAUCAAAGCUCUCUGCUUUACAAGAUACUUUCUGAGUUUCCAAUAGGCUUCAGUCUGCUACUCACAGGCACUCCAGUCCAGAACAGCCUCCAGGAGCUGUACUCUUUACUCAGCCUUAUUGAGCCUGACAUCUUUCCUAGAGGAGAAGUGAAAGAGUUUGUUGAGUAUUACCAAGCCAUUGAAAAGGAAAAUGAGCCAGCCAAAGAAUUGCACAAUCUUCUGCAGCCAUUUUUGCUUCGAAGAGUUAAAUCUGAGGUGGCUGCAGAGCUUCCAAAGAAGGUGGAAGUGGUUCUGUACCAUGGGAUGUCAGCCCUGCAAAGGAAGUACUACAAAGCCAUUUUGAUGAAAGAUCUAGAUGCGUUUGAAAACGAGACAGGAAAGAAGGUUACACUUAAGAAUAUCUUAAUUCAGCUUCGGAAGUGUGUUGCCCACCCGUAUCUUUUCAAUGGUGUUGAGCCAGAACCCUUUGAGAUUGGAGACCAUAUCGUUGAAGCCAGUGGCAAGCUGUGUUUGUUGGAUAAACUCCUUUCAUUCUUACACGCUGGUGGCCACCGUGUCUUGCUCUUUUCUCAGAUGACUCAACUGCUUGACAUCCUGCAAGACUACAUGGACUAUAGAGGCUACAGCUAUGAGCGGCUGGACGGCUCCGUUAGGGGUGAAGAGAGACACCUUGCCAUUAAGAACUUUGGUCAACAGCCAAUCUUUAUCUUCCUGCUGAGCACCAGAGCAGGUGGAGUUGGCAUGAACCUGACAGCGGCAGACACAGUUAUUUUUACUGAUAGUGAUUUUAACCCACAAAAUGACUUGCAAGCAAUAGCACGAGCUCACCGGAUUGGGCAGCACAGGCCUGUAAAAAUCAUCCGCUUGAUUGGGCGAGACACAGUUGAAGAAAUAAUCUACAGAAGAGCUGCUUCGAAGCUCCAUCUGACAAAUGCCAUUUUAGAAGGAGGUCAGUUUGCUCUGGGAGCACCCAAGCCUCAGGAAGCAGCAGCAUUACAGCUGAGUGAAAUCCUGAAAUUUGGAUUGGAUAAAUUGCUCUCCUCUGAGGGGAGUACCGUACAGGAUGUGGAGCUAGAAAACAUCCUUGGAGAGACAAAAGAAGGGAAGUGGGUAAUGGAUGCUGUGCUGCCACAAGAAAAAGAGAAUGAAGAGGAGGACAUGGAGAAUCACAUGUACGUGUAUGAAGGCAAAGAUUAUUCCAAAGAACCCAGCAGAGAAGACAAAAAAGCAUUUGAUCAGCUUUUAGAUCUUCAGAAAUCCCUGAUUGAAGAGACCAGUAAGGAAGGGAGAGCUCUCCGGAACAAAGCAAAUGUUCUUCUCACAGGCCUCCGGGAACUAUCAACCAGGAGGAAGCACUUAUUGAGUGCAGAGGAGCUGGAGGCUAGGAGGAAGAAGCGCCAAGAAGCUGCAGCAAAGAGAGCACGGCUUAUGGAGGACAAGAAGAAAGCAAAAGCAGAGGCAGAACACAAGAAAAAAAUGGCCUGGUGGGAGGCAAAUCAGUACAUGUCUCCUUGCCUUCCGUCAGACGAGAGUGACUCUGAGGAAGAGUUUGAGGAGGAAGAGGAGCCAAAUGUGGAUUUAGAUUAUGAAGAUGCAGAUGUGAACUGUAUCAAGUAUGUCAUGGGAGAUGUCACACACCCCAGAGCAGAAGAGGAGGAUGCCAUCAUUGUCCACUGCCUAGAUGACUCCGGCCGCUGGGGAAGGGGUGGCUUAUUUACAGCUCUGGAAGCUCGUUCUGAUCAGCCAAGGAAAAUAUAUGAGAUGGCAGGAAAAAUGAAAGACCUGGAGUUAGGAAGAGCUUUGUUAUUCCCUAUUGAUGACAAAAAGUCCAGGAAAAAAGGACAAGACUUGUUGGCCUUGAUUGUAGCUCAGCAUCGGGAUCGGUCCAACAACUUGUCUGGCAUUAAGCUGUCUGCUUUGGAAAAAGGCCUGAAGAAGAUUUAUGUAGCAGCCAAGAAAAGGAGUGCAUCAGUGCAUCUUCCACGUAUUGGGUAUGCAACAAAAGGCUUCAACUGGUACGGUACUGAGAGACUCAUCCGAAAAUAUUUGGCAGCACGGGGUAUCCCCACUCUUAUAUACUACUUCCCUAGGAAUAAAGGCAUUUCUUCAGCUUCACAACCAUAUCCAUCUUCAGUGACAGUCUCAAAGCCAUGAAGAUGCAGUAGUUUCACUGAGAAAUGGGCACAAAAAGCCACAGAUGUUUUCAGUACCACACAUAUGGUCUGUAUGCAUCCACUUCUAAAACGGGGCUUACAAAGCUGUUACUUGCCCCUGCAUCUCUGCUUCUGUUGGACAGAACAUUUACAUAUUGUCAGUAGCUCUGCAGAAAAAUGAGACUGCUUCAGUUCAAAGAGCCUUUUGAUAUGGAUGUGGGCCUACCCCAUAGCUGUUUUGGAGAUGGAAAAUUAAACUUUCACUGAUGGUCA